ACCCACGCGCAAAGAUCUCACGAACAGUCUUAGUUGCGCUUUCAAACGUCAUGCUCUAUAUAUGGCGCGCAAUUAGAAGAGUUCCUCGUUCUUAGGACGUCACACUUUUGCAAUUGUCAAAGGAUAAUAAACAAUUGAUCGAGUAACAUGUAUAAUUUGUCAAUGUAUGUUGCAAUUUAAGUUGCAACAUUACCAAACUAGCAAAAACUAACAGUCAGAGUAUAAAGUGAAUUAUGAAUUUUAAAAAAGAAAAUUCAGAUGUUUACCAUCUCAUAACUGAACUAAGUAAGGAAAUAUGUCAAAAAGAAUGUCUUUCGUUAGAACAUACGUAUCUAGAAAGCAGGAAUGAUAUAACCAAAAUAAAGAAAUUAAGAAGUAAAGCUUUUGAGAUACUAUUAAAUAAAAGUCUGAAAAGACAAAAUAAUCAUGAUGAGAUAAUGAAGGAAAGAAAGGAUCCUGUAAUAGAGAUAUACAAGUAUGCGUUUGUAUUAAAACUUCAUAUGAGACAUGUGUCAGAAGGUAUAUUAUUAGAAAGCCUUGUGGAUGAAUUUAAUGGAGAUGAUUUACAAACAGGAAGCGUAAUAUAUUUAGUUUUGCAAUUGCUUACCGAAUUAAAAAAUUAUCAUAAUAAUCAAGAACCUGAUUUAAAUAUCUUUUACUACUCAAGCGUCAAUCCUGCAUUAUUGGAACCUCUUCGGACAUUAGAGAAUGCAUCACAAUUUCCAAUAUAUCCUAUAGAAACAUUUAUACUGUCGAACAAAUUGGAUGCAUUGUUAGAUAUUCAGAAAUGUUAUAUUAUACAACAGACAACUGCAAACUCCAUAAAUAGAUCAUGUUUAUAUAAUCAGAAUAUAUUGGCAUUUUCAAAUAAAUUAGACCCUAUUAGACGUAAAAUUGACGUCGGUUGGUUUCCCAUACCAAAGUGUAUAACUGAUUUCUGCUUUAGAGAUACUGUUUCAUAUUUCUUACCACAGACUAUGACAGAUAUCGAUUAUAAUGCAAAUUCUAUGGAUAAAUCUAGACAAGAAAUAGAAGUGGAACGAAAUAAGCCUUGGUUGAAUGGAAAAUUUCUAAAUAGGUGUAUUGAAAGCGUUUCGGAAAUAAGGAGAUCAUCUAGCGAAAGCCUUUAUAAUGAAAUUGUAAAUGUUAAAGACAUCUACGAAGAGAUAUGGGAUAACGUGGAUAUAACAAACACUUUAAUGCUCAAUCGUCGUACAUGGGAAACUUUGGGAGAAUUUGAAUCUGCAAAGCAGUAUAAUUUUUUAACGGAUACCCCAAAUGCUAUGUUGCAUUUGACAAGAAUAAAACAGAUUUGUACUUUAUUGUUACUUCCAGAAAGGGUUAUCAGUAAUAUAGAAUUUCCAGAAGAAAUUUCAACCAAAGAAUUUGCAAUGAAUAUAAAAUUACUGUUAUUGGGUACCGAAACGAGAUCUUUUAAAUAUAAUAAUGAGAUUGGUUUUUACAUGCCUCAGAAUAUUGCUGUUCGUGAUAUUUGUAAUGAAACAUUAAUCAAUAUGUGCCAAAGAUUUAUCUACUGGGGUAAUUGUUUCAAACAUUUAACAAACUUGAUUACACCAAAUUCAAACAGCGGAAAGCUCCCACAAGAAGGCCUUAUAUUCAAGGCAAUGUGUAUGAGUAUCAAAGAAAUACUUCUCCAUUACAAAGCUGCUAUUUUGCGAAUUUUUGAGCAUAUUAAUGAAUAUACAGGAUUAUUGAAUGUGUUAAAUAAAGUCCAACCAGUGGCUCUCUUAUUGUCCGAAGUAACUAAGCUUUGUCGGUACAAUGGAGAAAACGGAAAAAUGGGUGAAAAUUGCAACAUUUUUGCGAUAGUUAACAAAAUGAUUACAAAGAUCACUCUUCCCCAAAUUGCAUUUGCUUUGUAUACUAUUCUAAAAUCAUGUUGCGAAGUUUAUUUUCGAUUUUUGCAGAAAUGGCUGUUCGAAGGUAUAUGUCACGACAUUUAUGGAGAAUUCAUGAUUAAAGAACAUUCACAAUUUCUACGUAGCAAAGGUCCAAAAUUUUGGACCAAAAGUUUUACUCUCCAUCACGAGUCAGUUCCAAGUUUUCUAAAUCGGUUAACAGAAUCUAUAUUACAAUGUGGGAAAGCAGUACGACUUUUGAAAAUAUGUGAUCCUAAGAAUCCCGUGUGUAAUGUUUUUAAUUCUUCGCAACCAGAAUUAAAAGUAUGCUUGAGCGUUACAAUGUUACGUGAACAGUUAAUAAAAUGUAAAGAAUAUAAAUGCAAAGGAGAAGAAGCUCUAGGCCGUCCGAUAUCACUUUCAGUGGCUAUUCAGGAUCAAAAAGAUGCUGAAAGAGAAAAGGCCAAUCUGGUCAUUAAUGCGCAACAGGAUACAUUAUCGAGAAUAAAGAGAGAGCAAGAAGAAUUCUUAAAGAAUGCAAUUGAAAACAAAAGAGAACUUUUAAAAGUAUUAAAGGAACAAGCUAUUGAAGCUAAUUUAUACAAAGCAAAAGAAAGGGAAGCUGAAAUGUUAACCGAUAGAUUACUUAUGGAAAAAAAUAACCAAAGAGAAGAAGAAUUGUAUAACUGGAAGUGUUCCGAAAGCGCUUAUUUAAAAAAUUAUUACACCGAUCUUGAUGGUAACAUUCAGAAGCAACGCGCACGUAUAGAAUGGUGUAAUAAAAGAAUGAAAUAUUUCGAUAAAAGGGUAGCUGCGUUAUCUAAAAUGGAGGAAGAUAUAUGGAAAUCGGAUACGCAAAUAUUGAAGAAUUUUGAAAACAAUAAAACUGAGCGUGUUAUAAUACCUGCAAGAAAUAUAUAUAAUCUUCAACAUGUUUUGAAUAAUAUUGAGUCAAAUACAUUAUUAUCUGACAAUAUUGCGCAAGAAGAUGAAAAUAGUAAUUUCGAAGAAGUCGAAAUACGAGCGUUAAAGCCUUGCGAGAUUAUCCGCCCUGAUAAUGUCAACAUUGUUAUACGGUCUGACGAGGAACAAGCUACGUUAGAAAAUAUUUCUGAUAAUAGGAAUACAAAUAAACAAUUUGGAGUUACGCGGUCUACGAAAACGUUAGAAACGCCCGCAAAUAUGAAUAAUAUUUAUAAAUGCAAUAAUGAGAGAAGUAGUUUGCAAGAAUUUUUACGAAGCGAAGUACUAGUAAAAGAAUUACAAUCGGAAGCGAUUAAAAAUCCAUUUAAAGUACAAUCGACGAUUAAUGAUGUUGUCACGAAUGCGUUAAUGAAUCAUGCACAAGCCAAUUUAGAGAUACAUAAUAAGGAUAAUAGAAUUUUGAAUAGACCUAAAGUUCUCGAAAUAGAGAGACUUGAUAACAUGACAGAAGCGAAGCGUAAUAAAAUGAGAAUGUUGAGACAUGAGUUUGGCAUAACGCCAAAUAACAAUCAAUCAAAUUUAUUUAUUGUCGAAAGAAGAUCAAUUUCGGAUGAUAUUAUUAUUAAUGCCGAUAACCUCCCUGAGGAUAAUAAUCGAAAUUAUGAUGUUACAAGUGAUACAAUUAAAUCACCCAUCGACGCGAUAGGAGGAGGUAUUACAAAAAAUUCCAAAGUGGUUGGGGAAAUGAGCGUCGAAGGAAAUUUGGAAUUUUUCGACAAAGUCAAUAACGAAAUCAACGAAAUUGGACAAAUUUCCUCUGCGACGGAUAAUUUCGCAUCGUCCAUAAAUAGUAUUACGUCCAAUUUACCAACUUGCGAAGACAUUUCUCCUUUGGAUAUAAAUAGUUUAUCCUCAUCGUCAAAUAUUAAAUUAAAUGGUGCCGUUCCUUCCGUAUUCCCAGAACAUCACAAUGUCAAUAUUUUCACGCCUUCGACUUCAAAUGAUGAUAUUAAUACCACAGAUUUUACAUCAUUGACCAUAGCUGACGUCGAAUUAAUAGAUAAUACAUCUCUACAGGUUUAUUUGGAAAAAUCAAUUAUUAUACCAUUGCAAAUACAAAGUCGUAUUGUUAAUGAUGCUCUUAUUAAAUAUUUAUUAAAUGAGCAUAAUAUGCUUUUACAUUUGCAAAGCUUAAGAAGUUAUUUUUUCUUAUUAAAUGGAGAAUUUGCCAAAUGCCUAACGAAUUCUUUAUACGCUCGUCUGUAUGAGAUAUCCGUACCAAUAGAACUUUUUAAUUCAGCCACUCUAACGAAUUUAUUGGAGCGUGCACUUAUUAGCUCUUUCAGCAGCAAUUACAUGAAUUCGGAAUUGCUUAGCCUUUCGGCCAUCGAUACACCCAUCCAGUUACAUAUAUCCGAUCCCCAUGCUUUGGAUUGUCUGUGCCUUAGUUACAAAAUUUCAUGGCCUUUAAAUAUCAUCUUAGAUGACGCAGUAAUGGUACAAUAUAGCAAGGUGUUUAAAUUUUUGUUGAUGAUUGGUAGAGUACUUUGGGUAUUACAAGAAGAUUUUCGUAUGAUGAAGAUUGAACACGAAGCAGCCAUAUCGGAACAAUAUCACAAGCUUCAACUGUACAGGCAUUCAAUGACACAAUUUAUCAGUGCACUUCAUAAUUAUAUAACUUGCAGUGUAUUGCAUGCAAGCUGGAUUGAAUUCGAGAAAGAUUUGUGUAAUUCUUUGACUCUAGAUCAAAUUCGAUUUUCACAUGUAAAUUAUAUCAAAAGAAUUUUAUCGAGGUGUAUACUUAACACCCGUGGUGAAAAAAUGCGAACAUGCUUGGGGAAUAUUUUUAAAGUUAUAUUGAAAUUUCAUAACCGAUUAAGAUCUCAAAGCUGGAUUACUAAUUCAGAAGGUCAUGUCCACCCUAAUUUUAAAAAAUUAGAACAAAUGUAUGAGGUAUUCUGUGAAUUACGCAUAUAUCUAUCUCGUAUAGCUCAUAAGUUAACUACCAGCGGUUACCAGCCACACUUGAUACAUUUUCUUAAUACUUUGAAUAUAAAUCAUAUGUAUGAUUUAACAGAGAAAACAGCUUAGCUUUAUUAUAUUUUGUAAAGGACAAAUUUUUAAUUAAAUAAAUACAAUUAUCUUUAGAUGCUCCUUGAAAUAGAAGAAUAUAAUAGUCGCAGUUGAGAAAUUUUUAUUAAUGCAGAUUAUCACAUAUUAGCACAUAAAUAUUAUAUUUCACUUUUUCCUCUUAUAUUAUAUAUCAUUAACCCGUGUAUAUAGACAAGUAUUUUUUUGUACAAAGUAAAUAAUACCAACCGUAAGUGGUGCCUGUUACGAGCGAAUAAUUUAUUUACUUUAUUUCCCUUAAGAUAUCUUAUCAAUAUAUUUUCUUGUCAUUAGACUAUUGUAUUUUAUCGGAUAAUAAUGAUUAUUUAAGUAAAUGCCGUUGCUGAAAUAUUUCUAUCGAGUAUAUUAGUACAACGUUCACAUAUUUCAGCUUCGUACAUUUCAGGAUGUCUUCGACAACGUUUACAUAGUUGUUUUUCUAUAGGAUUUAAAAGCACUUGCGUUUCAUUAAGCGCAUCAUUUUCUAUGAGAGUUACUUUUGAAACUUGUAAAAUAUUACAUAAUUCGGACAAAGAAGAUUGCUUUUCUUUCUGAAGAAUCUAUAAUGGGAUAAUUAGUACGUAUUAAAAUAACUAAUAAAAUAAUUUUGUAGUAAUGCCAAUUGAUAAUUAACAUCGAAGGAGCACUUACUGAUAAUACUUCAUAA